GUGUUGUUGGGUGAGAAAUAUGGCGUCUGAAGGCCAACAAAAGUUUCCUCCUCAGAAGCAACAAGCUCAACCUGGCAAACAGCAUGCCAUGGAUCCAACUCCUCAGUUUACUUCACCUGAUUACAACCCUGCCAAUAAACUUCAGGGGAAGGUGGCGCUAGUGACGGGCGGGGACUCAGGCAUAGGACGGGCAGUAUGUUACUGUUUUGCCUUAGAAGGCGCAAUUGUGGCCUUCACCUACGUCAAGGGUCAGGAGGACAAAGACGCCAAAGACACCAUUGAAAUGAUAAAGAAGGCGACCAAAUCCAGCGCAGUCAAGGACCCAUUAGCCAUUCCGGCGGACUUAGGGUUCGAUGAAAACUGCAAGAGAGUGGUAGAUGAAGUGGUCAAAGCCUACGGUCGCAUCGACAUUUUGAUUAACAACGCCGCCGAGCAGUACAAAUCCUCCUCCGUUGAGGACAUCGACGAGGAAAGACUCCUCAGAGUGUUUCGAACCAACAUUUUCUCCUACUUCUUCACCACCAGGCAUGCAUUGAAGCAUAUGAAAGAGGGGAGCUCCAUAAUCAAUACGACCUCGGUGAAUGCCUAUAAAGGCAAUGCUAAACUACUUGAUUACACUUCCACAAAGGGAGCCAUUGUGGCGUUUACUAGAGGCCUGGCGCUACAGUUAGCUAAUAAAGGGAUAAGGGUCAAUGGCGUGGCGCCGGGUCCGAUAUGGACGCCGUUGAUUCCAGCCUCCUUCGAUGAGGAAGAGACGGCUAGUUUUGGGUCUCAGGUUCCAAUGAAGCGAGCUGGGCAGCCCAUUGAGGUGGCUCCUUCGUAUGUCUUCCUUGCCUGUAAUGCUGAUUCCUCUUAUAUUACUGGCCAAGUCCUCCACCCCAAUGGUGGGACUGUAGUGAAUGCUUGAGUUCUGUUGUGUGGGAUGCCUAGCUAUGGAGGAGUUCGAGAGCUGGAGAAGAAUGAAUGAUACAGUUCUAUGGAAUUUUGUUAGUGGUGUGGUAAAAGAUGUAAAUAGUGUAAAAUAUCCAAACUUCAAAUAAAGUUUUCCCUUUUCAAGAACAUAAAAGAAAAACCAAACUCUGCUAUGUUCUCAUUUAUGUGGAUGUUUAAUCUGAAACAGUGGUCUAAUUAAUUCCCGGAAUUAAUUUUCUAGAA